UCAUACCUCCGGCGCGAACGUCCUGCAACAGGUUGCCGCUGCCGCCGGGAUGCGCCAUAACACCACCAGCACCACUUGAUACCGGAUUAUAUUACUUUCUCGUGUCGUCUGCUUGCUCUUUGUGUGUGUGACUUGCAACAACUGACCCGACUGUGUGCUGUGCUCGUGUGUGGAUGCGUGUUGGAUUCGCGCGAUGAAGUGUUUCGGUGAGAAGCCCAAGUCCUACCACUGCAAAGUGGUGCUUUUGGAUGAGACGGAGCUCAUACAAGAGAUACAGAAUACGUCUCGAGGCCAACACCUACUGGAUGUCGUCUACAAGCAUCUCAACCUCUUGGAAACGGCCUUCUUCGGUUUACGUUUCAUCGAUGAUAGUGGCCAGCCGCAUUGGCUGGAUGCGACCAAGAAAAUCCACAAACAAAUGAAAGGCGUCAGUACGUUCACCUUCUACUUCGGAGUCAAGUUCUACGCGUCCGACCCCUGUAAGCUGCUGGAGGAAAUCACAAGGUACCAGUUCUUCCUGCAAGUCAAACAAGACAUCUACCAUGGGCGCCUACCAGUAUCGUUUGAUCUUGCAGCCGAGCUAUUUGCCUGUGCAGUUCAAUCUGAACUUGGAGAUUAUGACCCCCGACGGCACCACGCCGAUUACGUGUCUGAAUUUCGGUUUCUCACAAAUCAGACCUCCGAGCUCGAGGAAAAGGUCAUGGAACUGCAUAGGGGUCUCAAGGGCCAGGUGCCAGCAACAGCCGAGAUCAAUUUCCUGGACAAGGUUAAGUGGUUGGAUAUGUAUGGUGUCGAUCUACAUCCAGUCAUUGGUGAAGACAACACAGAAUACUUCCUGGGUUUGACACCAAGUGGAGUCGUAGUACUGAGGAACAAGGGCAAAGUGGGGAACUAUUACUGGCCAAGAAUCACAAAGGUCUACUACAAGGGAUGCUACUUUAUGCUUCAGGUUCGCGACAAAGCGAAUGACGAAAGCACCUAUGGAUUUGAACUGCCAACGAAGCAGGCCUGCAAGCACCUAUGGAAGUGCUGCGUGGACCACCACUCUUUCUUUAGGCUAGCUCAGUCAUCCAGUAACCCACUUGCAUCAGGCAAGCUCUUCGGCCUUGGGGGGAAAUUCCGGCUCAGCGGCCGCCGUCAGCGACCCAAUCCUGUUGGCCUGUCGGUGCAGCCAAGACCACAACCAGUGUUCACGCGGGUGCCCAGCAAACGAUACCAGCGCAGGCUUGGUCAACCGGAUGGAGCCGAUGCUGGGACGCAGCAGAAAGAGGUGAUGCACGAAAAGCUGCUUGGCGAUCAGAGAUCAGGCUUAGGGAACCAGCAGCCGUCACCUAAAUCAUCAGCAAUGUAUCGCAGCAUUUCUGUGCCAAUGGCCCUUCCAGCUUCAAGUACAUCUAAUGGAACGGCAAUGCCACCAUGGGAAGAUCCAAAGCAAAGGGGCCUAUUUUCCAACUCCACCAACCCAUCGCCGAAAUCUGUUCGAAGUUCAGGGUCUCGCCAUUCGCAUGCUCACUGCAGGUCUUCGUCCAUUGAUCUCAAUGGAGAUUCAAGAAGACGCAGACAUCGAAGCAGGCGGAACUCUGACAAUGAAAGUGAAGUUUCAAAAUCGUCUCGAGGAUCACGAGGAUCUCGAUGCUCCAGGGGUAGCAGUGGAUGUCGACAUAGUUGCCAUUCAAGAGACAGUGGGAGUGAGUCCGAUGCUCACCACAGACACAGACACAAACAUCGACACCACAGAAAGCACAGAUCUUAUGAACUGGUCGACUCAGAAGCUCAAUGGAAAGAAGUUCAAAGACAACAGAACGAGAGCAAUAUUAAAAGACCUCAAAAUGCUGUUGUAAGAGACUUGACAUGCAGGAAAAGUGGGUACGUGCAGUCUGGCAUGGAGACUGAAUCGGAAGCUCAUUUUGCAAAUAAAAAGAAGCAUAGAAGACAUCGCUCCAGGUCCAAGUCUCCCGAUACCAAGAAAACUAUACCAGCUGACGUGAAGAAACACAUUGAGUACAGCCUCAUAGACCCUGAUGCGCUUACAGAACAAGAAAGGAGAGACAUCAAAUACACCAAAGUAGAGACAGAUUCGAGACUUUUCAAGAUACGAUACUCCCCUACAGCAGGAAGAAAUGCAUACAGAGUGGCCAAAGUAGCUGCCAAAAAGGAGACAAAGACUGGUCACGACGAUGAAGAUGGGCCUCCACCUCCAUAUUCCACCACCUCACAGCAGCAACAAGCAAAUGGCACGUCAGCGCACGAAAAAAGCCAGAUAGAUCCACCUGGCUCUACUGCACAUUCCUAUAAAGGAUCCCAUCAGCAAUUAACAUCCAGCUCUGCUGUAAAUGGUAGCUCACCCUUUAUGGAAGGCGAUCAUCCAACAAAGCUCCCUGUGUUUACCUCCAGAGCAUCAUCAACAUCAAAUUUGCUCGCGCCCACCACCACAAAUGCUUCGUGUAUGACUCCCCUCGCCAAUGGAGGGGUUUCCUUCAAGUCGACAGCGAUAAGGCCGAAUGCUCUGUACAGCCAGCAAAAGGACAUCCGUGAACUACUCCUGAAUGGAAGUUCGAUACACAGCGAGUCUCCUCCACUGCCACCAAGGUCAGGAUAUGUAGCUCAGCAUCAGCCGACACCAACACGUUACCACAAUGGAGGUUUCAACUACGGGUGUCAUGCAAAUGACUCACCAUCAACCCCAUCCGGAGGCCAUCGUGUUACUUUUCAGACACCACCUGUCACUUCUUACAAUAGAGUAUACGAAUCCUCUCCAUGUUCAUGGAACCAGAGGCCCGGCUGCUCCGUCCCAGACGUAGCAAAAGCUGGGACUCAUGAGAUGAGCACUGAGCUCUGACAUUAGUGCCUAUUCCGUUCAGUGCGGAUGAGCUCCUCCAGUUGCCAAAUGGAAGCGUGUAAAUUCAGCGACGAGGCAAACUUUUGCCAUGCUGCUCGCCGACAGGACAAUCGGGAGUGCACCUUGAAGACACAGAUGAAGUGUUGUGCAAUGUCUUCCUACCGAACAUUUGGUCGAGAACAGAUGCCCGUAUCCAGGGUUGUAAAAUAGCAAUUUUGUACUACUUUGUAGUUGGUAAAAGCUGGGAUGUGCCAGAUAUUCAAAAAUUACAGGAUGCAGGUGGGAUGAUGCUGCGAGAAAUCCUGGUGAGGUUUUCUGCGUGUAGGGGUGUAGCCGUGGGCAAAGAGAGGGGAGUUUAGGCACUCUCAUCUCUACUGGCCUCACCCAUCGAAGUCUUGUAGACCUGAUAAAGAUUCUUCCAAGUGCCAUCAUUCGGCUGAUAAAAAGCACAUGUUAAAGGAGCAUGGAAAGUAGGGACAAAAAAGUCCAAAUCUGUCACCACUGUAGUAUUAUUUUUUUUACACAAUAAAUACUACCACAGUGAGCA